ACCGGAAUUUGACUACAAAUAGACGCGGCGUUGAGGUCAAAACGACAGCGUUUCAUCGUCGUUGAUUUAACCUUGUGUAUGUAUUGUUCUGUCGUCGUCUGCUGCGCCCAAUUCCUCGUUUAGGGUUUUGCGGAUCUAAUUGUUGUUGCGGCUUCGGUCUGAGCUUUUUCAUAUAUCGGGACUGUAUCAUUUUAUAAGCUAAUAUGUCGGGCCCAAGAAUCGCUCACGCCACUCUGAAAGGACCAAGUGUGGUGAAGGAGAUUGCAAUUGGAAUCGCACUCGGCAUUGCUGCUGGAAGUUUAUGGAAAAUGCAUCACUGGAACGAGCAGCGGAGGGUCAGAGCAUUCUAUGACGCGCUGGACAAAGGAGAAAUCUCUGUGGUCGUUGCCGAGGAAUGAAAUCAUUCUGCGCUGAUCUUGAUCAUCGAUGCUCCUAUGGAUGGUCACGGUGUGCUUUCUCAUCCCUUUAACUUGCAUUUCGUUAUAAAUAACUUGUUUGGGUAAUAACAAUAAUAAUCGUACUUUCAAAUGCAUCGAAACUUGUUUUCUUCACGAUGAAAGAUUGGAUGAGUUUACGACAUUACAGAAAUGUGUGUUUGGUAAACAGUCUAAGAUGUUCGAUCAUUUCAUGUUUUUGCCAUGUGUUGUUUUGAGGGCGGACAUGUAUUUGUCUGUGGGUUCUAGUUUUUGGGUUUGGAUUUUUGAAUAGUAAAUAGUUGAAUUUGAAUAGUUGAUUGAUGUGAUAUAA